AUGGACUCUCAGAUCAACAACCGUUCUGGCCUCCACGAUGAGCACAUCACCAACUUGCUCUUGUUCGGUUUCCUCCAAAACUGCUCCAACCUUAAUUUCCGUGAAGAGCUGGAGGAGCUGCAGUUCCAGCUGCCGGGGCCUGCUCCCUCCACGUGUCGGCUGCAGCGGCAGGGCCUGCGGGUACAGCUGCAGGGCCCAGAGCUGCAGACCGACGGCAACCACUGCAGUCAGCUGCUCGUGGACGGAGAGACAGAUUCUGAAAGCCAGGAAGAAAUCAUCCAGGACAUUGCCAGGCAGCUUGCCCACAUUGGGGACAGCAUGGACCGCAAAAUCCACCCGGCACUGGUGCAGGACCUGGCAGCACGGUUUAUGAAUGGGAACCUGUCCGAGGAAGAGAGAGGGAAGUGCCUGGGAGAUGCGCUGAGACAGAUCCUGCAGACUUACCCUAAAGACAUGGAGCAGGAGAAGAUCAUGCUGACGAUGACCAUGCUGCUGGCCAAAAGGGUGGCCGAUCACACACCCUCUUUGCUGCGGGAUGUCUUCCACACAACAGCGAACUUUAUCAACCAGAACCUGCUUUCCUGUGUGAGGACCUUAGUCAGAAAUGACACAGAUUGAACAGAUGACUCUGGAAGAGCAUGACUGGCUAACACUUGGCAUGGUGACAGAAGAGAGCUGCCUGAAGUGGCGAUGGGAGCCACAGUAACCAAACAGUUCUUAGGAUCGGCAUGAGAAAAUGUGUUUCGUUUUCAGGACAAUAUUUUCAACUUGUGACUGAUUCAGAGAUCUCUACAUUAAUAUACUUGAAUGAAAAUGUCAGUGUGCAUAUUUUUGAAUGCAUUUCCUACCCCCUAAAUCCAUCUACAUAUCAUGCCCUUAAUUCAACUGUAUGAAUUCCUACUUGAAUAAUAUGGA